AUGGAGGUGGCUCUGGUGAACCUGCAGGAGAACGGAGGCGCCAACAACGCAGAGCAGCAGCAGCAGCAGCAGCUCCACUCGGCGCUCAUGGACGACUUGGGCAAAGAAAUGAACGCUCCUCUUCUUCAUCAUCAUCAUCAUCAUCAGCAGCAGCAGCAGCCUCCUCAUCCUGCGUGGAAGAUCAACGACAUGAACAGCGCGCUGAGCUGCAGCGAGAACGCCAUGGACGCGCUGCUGCGCGCCGACCACAGCCCGCACGUCUUUGACGACGAGCUCCCGGACCUGGACUUGGACUCGGACAGCAACGAGCGGGUGCUGAUCAACAUCGCCGGCCUGCGCUACGAGACGCAGCUGGGCACCCUCAACCAGUUCCCCGACACCCUGCUGGGCGACCCGGCCAAGAGGAUCAAGUACUUUGACCCGCUGCGCAACGAGUACUUCUUGGACCGCAACCGGCCCAGCUUCGACGGCAUCCUCUACUUCUACCAGUCGGGCGGCAAAAUCCGCAGGCCCGUCAACGUGUCCAUCGACGUCUUUGCCGACGAGAUCCGCUUCUACCAGCUGGGCGAGGAGGCCAUGGAGCGCUUCCGCGAGGACGAGGGAUUCAUCAGGGAGGAGGAGAAGCCGCUGCCGCGAAACGAGUUCCAGAAGCAGGUGUGGCUGAUCUUCGAGUACCCGGAGAGCUCCAGCCCGGCGCGCGGCAUCGCCAUCGUGUCGGUGCUGGUCAUCACCAUCUCCAUCAUCACCUUCUGCCUGGAGACGCUGCCCGAGUUCCGGGACGAGCGCGAGCUGCCGGCCGGCGGCCGCCACGACAACGGCACGGCGGCCCGGCCCUCGCUGACCUUCAGCGACCCCUUCUUCAUCGUGGAGACCACCUGCGUCAUCUGGUUCACCUUCGAGCUCUUUGUGCGCUUCUUCGCCUGCCCCAGCAAGUCCGAGUUCUCCAAGACGGUGAUGAACAUCAUCGACAUCAUGUCCAUCAUGCCCUACUUCAUCACGCUGGGCACCGAGCUGGCCGAGCAGGGCCAGGAGCACCCCAACGGCCAGCAGGCCAUGUCGCUGGCCAUCCUGCGCGUCAUCCGUCUGGUGCGCGUCUUCCGCAUCUUCAAGCUGUCGCGCCACUCCAAGGGCCUGCAGAUCCUGGGCCAGACGCUCAAGGCCAGCAUGCGCGAGCUGGGCCUGCUCAUCUUCUUCCUCUUCAUCGGCGUCAUCCUCUUCUCCAGCGCCGUCUACUUCGCCGAGGCCGACGAGCCCGAGUCGCACUUCACCAGCAUCCCCGACGCCUUCUGGUGGGCGGUGGUCACCAUGACCACGGUGGGCUACGGCGACAUGCGCCCCGUCACCGUGGGCGGCAAGAUCGUGGGCUCGCUGUGCGCCAUCGCCGGCGUGCUGACCAUCGCGCUGCCCGUGCCCGUCAUCGUCUCCAACUUCAACUACUUCUACCACCGCGAGACCGACCAGGACCAGUCCUCGCUCAAGGACGAGCCCCCCGAGGCCAAGGCCGCCGCCGCCGAGGGCACCAAAGAGCCGCCG